AUGAAUAUUGCAGAUAUUGCUACGGGUACAGGAAUUUGGCUCAAUGAGGUCCAAACCACCCUCGGCGACAUCCCGGUUAACAAAUCGCGGUACUAUCAUGGCUUCGAUAUAUCCGAUGCCCAGUUCCCUUUUUCAACAGAAGAGGUACAAUAUUCGAUCCAGGAUGCUCUCAGCCCUUUCCCUGCGCAGCAUUUGAAUAGAUACGAUCUUGUUCAUGUCAGACUGCUUGUUGGAGCUAUCCAAGCCUCCGACUUUGAAGUGAUCGUCGCCAAUUUGAUGAAACUGCUGAGACCCCAAGGAUACCUACAAUGGACCGAGAUUGAUAUCGAUACAUUCCUUGAGGGAAAUACAAAGAAAUACCCGGAAUUUGCGGAUAUGGUACAGCCCAUAUUCAGCUAUGCGGAGCGUCAUACGAUGAGUACGCGCCCGUCCGAGCAACCAGGCGUGGAGAUCUGCGUGGUAGUGGCUCAGAAGCCGAAUGGUGCUGGUGACUGA